AUGUUUCUCACUCAUCCCACGCGAAUUCUAUUUUUGUUUGUUGAUCAUUGCACGUGCUUCGAUUUAGGGUUGAGUGAGUUCUCCGUGACAGCGGGAGCGGCUGGCCGCGUGAUGAACAAACGGCCGAAAUCUUGGUCUACGGAUACCGAAUUCCGCAGAUGGUCCGGCGAGAAGCACAAUAAUGAUCGGCAUUAUUAUCGGACUCGAGUGUUGGACAAUUCGCACUCGAAGCUUCGAACGCUCAAGUCGAGAACUCGGCGCUGCUGA